AUGAUUUUUGCCUGGCUAAUGUUCAUUCAUUCUGUUGUUGCCUGGCAUAUGCAAAUUGCUUUUCUUUUCUUUCUUGUUUUAGUUCCUUACUUAACUCAUCAAAUAGUCACUUCUGAUCCCGGUUUUGUUGUUGUAACGCAUAAGGAACGUUGUCAAAUGAUUAUUUCAAUGACGGAAGAAGUCCUUUGGGACGGCAAUUUUUGUCCAACUUGUUUAAUAGCUCGUCCAAUACGUUCUAAACAUUGCGCAGUUUGUGAUAAAUGUGUUCUUCGAUUUGAUCAUCACUGUCCUUGGGUAGCUAAUUGUAUUGGAGAGAAAAAUCAUAGACUUUUCUUUGUUUAUUUGUUUGUAUUGGAUCUUGCUUGUAUUUUAAUGUUUGUUGGCUCUACUUUUUAUUGGAAAUUUGUUUGUGGAGAUAUUUCUAAUCCAAAUGUGAUUCUCUUUUGUUUGCCAUUUGUUACAGUUUUGGGUUUUAUGUCUUCAACUUAUUUCUUUUUUAUAACAACACUAUUGGGAAUACAAACAUAUCAGAUACUGACAGCUGUAACAACAAAUGAGCGGAUUAAUUCAUAUAGAUACUCUUAUUUUCGACUUUCUGAUGGGCUAAGAAGUCCUUUUAGCAAAGGAUGUCUUGGAAAUGCACGUAAUUUUUGGUGUCCAUCCUCUUCUUUUGAAAAUUCCAAUAGCAAUAAUCUCAGAAAUAAUAAUGCAGAAACUACUAAUUUAUUAGCUUAG